AUGCCAUUAUAAAUACCUGUUAUUUUCACCCUUCAAUGUGUUAAAUAUAUGUAUUUUUGCUUAGAAAUAUGCACCUUUAGAAUUUUCCAAAUUUAAAUUAAAGAUAGUCCCAUGGAUUUCUGCAGAAUUAAUAGAGAUCCUAAAAUUGUUUAUACUCAAUUGGAUAAUGAUGAUUUGUAAUUAUAAAAGUUUUAGUUAAUUUACUUUAAUAUUUUCCACUCACUUAAAUUGUUAUUAAUCGAAAAUUUAAAACAACCGAUUUUUUUAUUCUUACAAAAGGAAGAAAGUUCAAUUUUAUGAUACUAUUUCUUAUAUUGGACAUUUCUCAUAGAUGAAAUUUACAAGAAAAAUCUGAUCCAUUCCUAGAUUUGAAAUUAUUAGCAUAAUUUAUAAUAAUGAAUUGUAUGAGUGAUGAAUGUUAGGAGAAAUUUCAGCAAAUUCUCCAACUAAAAGAUUUAUUUAGCAUUCGUGAAGUUCUACCAUAAAGAGUGCAAAAAUAAAAGAUGUUUGAUAUAAAAUUCCAAUUAAGGUAAAUUCGUCAUCAAAAAUUGAAGAGAUUAGAUUAAAUUAUAAAUAGCUCUAUUUAGUCCUAACCAACCUAAUAUCAAUAAGGAACAGAAAAAGAAAUAUCAAAAUAUUUUAAGAGUUUAUUUCUUGCUGAUUAAUAAAAUAUGUGUUUGGGUUGUGAUAAAUACAUUUUUGAAAAAAAAGUGUCAUUAUUAUGUUGGGAUAAACUUGAACACAGUUAUCAUUCAAGCUGUUUGGCAAAAAUGCUGAAAUAAUAGUUAGAAUCUAAAUGCAUUAAAUUUUAUUGUAUAUGUAAAAGUCAAAUUAAAAAUGGAUAAAUAAUAAGACAAAAGUAUUUUGAUUUAGAAGUUUAUGUCGAUAAAUUGAUGGAAAACUAAAUCCAAUAUCUCAAAAGUCGUCUAACUAAUAUAAAAACUUGUGCUAAUAAAAAUUGUAAUUUUUUUUGGCUAUUAAACGAUUCAGUUAAAAAAAGAAGUAAGUCAUAAUGUAAAUCUUACCCUAUUACUUAUUUUCCUUCGAAAACAUCCAGGAUUACUUAUCUCAACUUUUGUCCUCAUUGUAGAUUUUUAUGA